AUGCCCGGCCCUGCCGAUCGGGCGGUGCCAUGCCCGCUGUGUAACGAGAAGUUCUUCCCGGCGUCCUUGAAAUUCCAUGUGAAGCAAUGUGAGAAGAAGAGGGCGACCAGGAUCGUGAAUUGCCCCUACUGUCAGAUCGAAGUCUCGCAGUUGAUGCUCAAGGAGCACAUUGCGAACUGCCCCAAAUGCAAGCGUCCGGGAGGUGACGGUGGCGGUGGCGGUGGUGGAGGAGGCGCCAGGCGCCCCUCUGGCGAACCAGGCGCUGCCUCGUCCCGCGGGGGCGGCGGCGGCGGGCGGCCGGCGCCCACGGGUGCUGGGAGCUAUGAACCGGAGGUCCUGGAGGACGGACGCAUGCGCUGCGUCUACUGCGGGCGCUACUUCAGCGACGAGCGCAUCGAGAAGCAUCAGAGCAUCUGUGGGAACCUCAAGAGUGCUCGGCCGAAAGGCCUGGACGGCGAGCAAACCCAGACAGGUGCCAAGGUCUUCAACGCCAAGGCAAAGCGCACCGGCACCGGACCCUCCUUCGUCUCCCCCGAGGCGUAUCGACGCAAGGAGGAAGAGGAGGAGCGGGAGCUCCGGAGGGCGAGAGAGCAGGCGCAGAAGAAAUCGUCUUGGCGCAGACAACACGAAGAGUUCGUUUCAGCCUGUCGCGCCGGUAGGGGCGAGGAGGUACCACCCCGGCCGGCGGACCAUUCGGGCAUGAUCCAGUGCCACCACUGUGGGCGGCACUUCAACCCGGAAGCGGCGGAGCGGCAUAUUCCGAUCUGCGCCAAUGUGGUGAACCGACCCAAGCCGCCGCCCUCCCCGGCGCGGGGGCCAGCGUCGCCUGCCAGGCCUCCUUCAGAAGCCUCGCCCAAAAAGCGCCGGCCUUCCGGCGGGCGCUCGCCGGCGCCCGAUGCACGUGGCGGUGCCAGGGAGGAGCUGCCCUCAGUGCGCAGCAGCUCCAUGGGCUCGGUGGGCGGCUCCGGCGCCCGCGCGGCGCGCACCUUGCGCUCCGAAGCAUCGGAUGGGCGUCUGCCAAAGGUGGACUCGAGCCAAGGCAUGAGGCCACGAAAGGAAAAGAUCACCACGCACGCGGGACCCGACGUCUUGGACGAGACCAACGUGCCGGAGCACCUCGCGAACGAGGUCCGUCAUCGCCUCGACGCCUCACGGAGCGCCAUGAUGCUCCGGCUACUGCGGCAAGUGCCUCAGGAGGCACUGUCGCAGGAGCUGAAAGAUGUGGGCGUGAGUUGCGAGGGCCUCGACAAGGAGGGGCUCGUUCAGGUCGCUGGAGCCUAUCUCGGGCUCCAACUGUUUAACGAGUCCUUAGUCCUUAGGCAGUGCUUUGGCCCUUGGGAAGGCCGCCGCGUCGUACACGACGCGGCGGUUAGAGGACUCAGCUCCGACUCAGCGGCUGACUCUCCCACAGAUGCUCCAGACCUUCAGUUGCUCCUGGACCCUUCCGGCUCGGCCGCCCCGUGGCGCUCUACUGGAGCGGGGCGAGCGUCGGAGUUCAUGCGCGCAGGCCAUGUCGAUGACGGCCUCGAAAGCGGCGGAGCUCAUGCGCGGGAGCAGAUCUUCCGGCUCCCAAAGGCCACCGCACGUGCGGUGCGCGCGCGCGGAGUCAUCAGUGCUGUCCAAGAAUGUCCAAGAAGCGAUUUAGAUGGAGCGAUUGGAUUGCAGACUGAGAAGAAGUCCGUUCUGAGGCGUGCAGAGCACCGCCAUUGUGCCCGCAGGCGGAGCGAGAGUUUGGAGCGCUGCCUGGUGACCGACGAGCUUGAGGGUGCAAAGGGCCAAGUGUUGAAGGAAGUGAAGCUGCACACAUUGAGAUCAAGCAUACCCGAUGAGGAAUGGGCCGAAGGCGAUGGCGAGUGGGACUACGAGGAGGCCUUAGGGAACUGCUGCGUCCUGAAAGCCUGCGUGCGGAAGGCCGGCGCCGUGCGAGCGUCGCCCAAGCAUUUGGAGAACGGCGACUUUUGCAAUGAGGACUCGUAUGGAUUCAUGUCCCACGAGCUCCAGAAGCGCGUGGGGCCGUGCUCAGCGGAGGUCUCCCAGUCCUGGCUCGAGCGCGGAGGCUCCGGGCUGCCGGCUCCAGUCUGGGUGUGGCAACAGUUCCGCAGUCGCGCGCAGCCCGAGUAUGUUCCGGAACCUUGGGUCUGCGGAGAACGCGCGGUGUUGCUUGAGGCGGAAGUGCCACGCGAAGAGGUGCUGCCCAGUCAGUUCAACGCCUUUAACCAUGUCCUCAACGACAUUCCCUUGCCACUGACCGAGGAGGAAGAUGAGGAGCUCUCUGCGCUCAAGACCACAGAGCCCGAAGCCUUCCGGGAGAGGAAACUCCAAUCCUGGCAACGGAUCUUCGAGGUGGAGUGGGAGGGCGACACCAUAUAUGGGCUCCAACAUGGGGAUGACGCACAACUCCAGGCCGUGCUGUGGCAACUCCCUUUGAGCGCUUUGGUGCGGCCAGCGCUGCGGUUUGUGAAUUUGGCACCAUACGUGAGCGAGGAGAAGCGGAGCGUGGCCUAUCCACCCCAUGGGCCUCCGCUCGGAGAGGAUGUGCAGCUGGACGCCGUCUGGAUCCGUCGCAAGUCCACCAACCCGCCUUUGCACUUGCAAUUCACCGUGAAACAUCUGGUCACGGAGGGCUUGGCCGCGAAGUGUGGGGUACAGACUGGGUGGCAGGUCACUUGUCUUCUGAAUCCUAUCGAUGACGAGGACCCCCUGCCUUGGCUCGUCUCCGAGAUCCGCCGCCACCGCGGCAACGACGACAGCGACGGCGACGGCGCCCCAGCGCCGCGACCCAGCGCUGCGGUGGCAUUGGAGCAGCUGCGGAAGGUGCGCGGCGUGGAGGUGGUUUUCGAGGCACCACGAGAGGAGCCCGACUCCAGCGAGGAACCUUGCGACGAACAUGGCUGA